UAAACAGAAGCAUUUGUUGAAAGGCUUUAAAGUUGCUUAUGCAUUGAUAUUUGUACGUUUUGGUGUCUGAGAGGAAUAUAAUAACAACUGAACUGCUGCACUUUAUUUCAUAUUUUGAUUCUUGAAGUCUUUUCAGCUUAGAUCUCCCAAAACUGAGCUAUGACUGAUAUUUCACAUCUCAUUAUUUGCAUAUGGAAAAUGAAUGAAAUGCAAAUUUUAAAAUCAAAUUGGCUUAAUGUGAUAUAGGCAUCUGAGAAAGGCCUAUUUUAAUGAAAUUAUUUAAGAUAUUACAACAGAUAUCUGCACAUGAUCUGAAAUUGAGUCAUCAGGAGUCAGUAUGGUGGUUAAAAAGGAGCAGGAAUAGUUCUAUAAUCCCAUUUGUUUGUGUUUUUGUUAUAUAUUUUCAGAACAAAAAAUGGUACUAAAGCUGUCACUGGGGCAGCACUUUUGUAUCUUAUUUAGGGUGAAUAUUUGUACUUUAAUGGUAUAUUAGUACCUAAAUAGUACACAUUAGUAAUUUUUGAAAAGGCGCCCUCCCAGUGACAGCUUUUGUACCCUUUUAACAGACAAACAGCAGAUAGUCAGCGAUGAAUUGGUGUGAAUUUUUUUUAGACUUUAGCAAAUUAGACAUGUCCCACGCAUGUGAUUGUUUCUCUCUCCUCCCCCAAACUGUUGCUUCACAUCUUUAGUGGGUUGCAGUAUUCACUGCUCUCUAAAUAGUAUUAUUGUAUAGUAAGGCCCAAUAUCAGAAACUUGGUCAGACUCAUUAGGGAAUGAUCACAUGCUAGUGCCAGGAUUAGACCUCUUCACAUUGUGAAUGAUCAGAUUCAGUUUUCUGUUAUCUAGGGACAAACAAGAUUAAUCACAUACUGAGCGGUAGAACUGUUGUUGUUUCAGGUUUUAUCCUGACUACCAAUUUCACUAAUUAGUUGCUGCUGAAUUGACCAUUUGCUAAGCCCUUGGUUACUGUUGCUAGAUUUGACAAGCUUUACUGAUGUCCAAAAAAACACUACUAUGAUGUGUUUUUGCACUGAAAGUGGUAAGUAAUGUUAUGGGAGCUGAAAUUUCACAAUUAAUUUUUAUUUUCUCUUUAAUAAAAUGUUGAAUUAGAUGAGUUAUCUCUAUCUUAAGUAGUCAAAUAAGAUGCUGUCUGCUUUCCUUAUUUUAGUUAUAUGAAUAUUCCAGAAGUCGCAUGGCUGUCAGUCUUUAAGACAGAUACUUCGGUAAGCUUUUAAGAAGGUGAUGCUGUACAGUAUAUGACGUGAGCCAAUUACAUAGCAGUGUUUGCAGUAUAAGCCUCGAAAUGGGAGGGAUUUAUACGUCCCCUAAUUGCAUGUGACAGGAAUACCGGCGUUACGGUCUUGAUAGCUUCAAGAACAGACCAGAGCUGUGUAUGUUUUUUUUCUCACAUUGCCUUUAAGUUUUUAGUUUUAUUCAUUUUUUUAGCUGAACAUGUUGUGUUUGUGUCUUUACUUGCCUGUCGAUAUCUCAGAACGGAUAGAAUUACAGUAUUUUGAGUCUGAUAGUUUACCAGUGCAGUUGAAGUCUCUUUUCAAGUUGAGUUUAUUUCUUCCAUCACAAGAAUUCGAUUCAUACAGGAAAUGGCGAAAGAAAAUCGUCAAGGCUGGAGACAAAGACUUGGAUGGUCAGUUGGACUUUGAGGAGUUUGUGCACUACCUCAGGGACCAUGAGAAAAAACUGCGGCUGGUCUUCAAGAGCCUUGACAAAAAGAACGAUGGUCACAUAGAUUCACAGGAGAUCAUGCAGUCACUAAGAGACCUCGGGGUUCAUAUAUCUGAGGAACAGGCUGAAAAGAUCCUCAAGAGUAUGGAUAAAAACGGUAAGAUGACGAUUGAUUGGAAUGAAUGGAGAGAUUACCAUCUGCUUCAUCCUGCUGACAACAUUCCUGAAAUCAUCCUCUACUGGAAACACUCUACGAUAUUUGAUGUUGGGGAAAGUAUGAUGGUCCCUGAUGAGUUUACGGCGGAGGAGAAGAAAAUGGGAAUGUUGUGGCGACACCUGGUAGCAGGAGGUGGAGCUGGCGCAGUGUCCCGUACCUGUACUGCACCCCUGGACCGCCUUAAGGUUCUCAUGCAGGUUCAUGCGUCACGCAGCAACACCAUGGGCAUCACCGGAGGAUUCGCCCAAAUGAUCCGUGAGGGUGGACUUCGGUCACUGUGGCGAGGGAACGGUAUCAACGUUUUGAAGAUCGCACCUGAAUCUGCUAUCAAGUUCAUGGCGUAUGAGCAGAUUAAGCGGCUGAUUGGCAGCAAUCAGGAGACGUUGGGAAUCCUGGAGAGGCUGGUUGCUGGGUCUCUCGCAGGAGCGAUUGCUCAGAGCAGCAUCUACCCCAUGGAGGUUUUAAAAACUCGUCUUGCCUUGGGAAGGACGGGUCAGUACUCUGGUAUCAUGGACUGUGCUAAACAUAUAUUUAAGAAGGAGGGACUGACAGCCUUCUAUAAAGGUUAUAUUCCCAAUAUGUUGGGAAUCAUCCCUUAUGCGGGAAUAGACCUGGCUGUUUAUGAGACAUUAAAAAACUCGUGGCUGCAGAGGUUUGCUACAGACAGCGCCGAUCCGGGUGUGUUUGUGCUGCUAGCCUGUGGUACAAUGUCUAGUACUUGUGGACAGUUAGCAAGCUAUCCAUUAGCCUUAGUGAGGACACGAAUGCAGGCUCAAGCUACUCAGGAAGGCAGCCCACAGAUGACCAUGACUGGUCUCUUCAGACACAUUGUACGGACAGAGGGCGCUAUUGGACUCUAUAGAGGCUUGGCACCCAACUUUAUGAAGGUCAUUCCUGCUGUUAGCAUCAGCUAUGUGGUGUAUGAGAACCUAAAGAUCACCCUUGGCGUCCAGUCCCGGUGAGGGGAACCCAAAGACUGUUCAAAUCCUUAAUGGCUUUUGUUUUUCCUCUCAACUUUUCUUUUGGACUACUGAAAGACAUCGUCCAGGAUGGCCAGCUUGCACUCGAGGAGAAGUGUAGGAACAGUCGGCCAUGAAAGAGCUUGCAUGAGGGGAAGACGAGAUCUUAGCGUCAAAGAGGUUUGACUUUAUUCAGUGAAUGGAAGAGUAGCUCGAAUAUAUGAGACCAGGGACAUGCAUAGAAAAUACAAUUCUAGCUGUAAGUAAAAUGUGAACAUCUUAAAAUGGUGUCUGCAUUGGAUCCAGACACUCGCUUAUCCCACCCCUGAGGUCAUGGGGUUGCAUUUGCUAUAUUUUAGUAGGGACCAAUUAUAUGCAAGACAGUUUGAAAAACUACUUAAUGGAAAGGAAGGGCCAAACACCUGAUGGAUUCAAAGAGGCAGAUUUACUAAAGCAUUUAGUAUAUGCAAAGAAAAUAACACUGCAUCAAUUAAUGAACUCAUUUAAACUGCACAACUGAAAUUUAAUGCACUAAAUGCUUUAGUAGAUACAAUGCUAAUAAUCCUGGUGAAGUCCCUUCAAAUCAUUGUGUCAUCAUUCCACUGGAUGGCAGUGUUCAAUAAUAAAGAGCUGACAGGGCCAGACACAAAUUUGUUACAAGAUCACCCAUAUAUUUGUGUUUCGCUAGCUUCAUUUACUGCUUGUUGUAUUAUUAGAUCAUUUACUCCCUUGUAUUAUUACAUUAAUAGACAUGCCAGUUUUCACAUCUUGAAAUGGGGGAUAGUGUGUAACAAGGGAAAUAUUUGAAAUAUGUCUUAUUCAUCAAAUUGUUCCCUAAAUUGCUGAGGACUUUUCGUUGUUAAUUUAUUAUUUUUUUAAUGUUGUAUAUUUAUUUCAUUUCAAUUGAAGGUUACUUUAAAAAAAGACUUUCUAAAAUUAAAAACACUAUGUAUGUGCACACACUCCCCAUGGUGACUGAAAGCUAAUCAAGCGUUAUGUAAACAAGUGUUUUAAUGUGUGUGGAUCCAGUGUUAAAUGACCUGGGUUUGAGAAUUCAGCACCAGCUUUAAUGUAUUGGGUUGAGUUCUGUGUCUAGAUAGACACUGUCAGGUCUUAAGUUGAAUAAAGCGGUGCUACAAAUUGAUCUGUUUUUACAUUCAAACAAUUCUAGUUCAUAAAUUGAUCAAUUAUCUGCAGUGUAAAUAUAGUUUCUCACCAGUAUUAGGAUUUCAAACAUGACUAUAACACUCUGAUUUAAACUCUAAACUCUAGUCAAGGGACAUAUUGAAGCACUUAAUUUUAAUACAAAUAAACCAGACUUGAAUUUUUAGGAGGAUUUACAAUGGAAUGAUAGUGUUGAGUAAUUGUAGUGGUUGUGAUUUAAGCAAAUAUAUUAUUUUUCAGCAUAUAUGUUUAAUGUUUGUAUCAGGUUGGGGUAAAAAUGUUUUUGUAAACACUAAAAAGGUACAAUAUAGGUUAGGAUCUCUUUUGAAAAAAAAAAUUAUUUGACUCUACUGUGCAGCAGUAGGCAAGUAUCUUGUAUAUUUGCAUAUGACAUAUUUCAGGAUUGGCACCCUUAUGUGCAUUUUGACGGACAAGAAGAAAAUAAGUUACCCUUGCAGCUAUUGCAUGUGAAGUCAUAAAACCCACCAGUUUAAUGGGUUGUUGCCCUUGGUAAUUCUAUAAUACUGUAGUGUUCAUAUAGUUGCCUUAUUUAUGAAUAAAAAAAGCUGCUUUUAGAGUAUUUGGGGGGAAAUGCAGUGCAUUAAUGUCAGACUGAAAUAUUUUAUUUAUAUAUUCAGGGAGAAUUCCGUGGUCUCAGAUACUCCUGUGCAGAUGAGACUUCUGAAACUCUUCUCCGUUGAGAUCUGGAACAGAUAUCUGCAUGUUUGUAACUUGUAUGGAUAGUUUGUGCAGGCCUAGGAUCAGUUGGUCUUUCUCAAGCCUCAUGAAAAUGACCUAGAUCAGUGAAAAACAGCCUUUCUGUGUCCCAAUGGUGGUUAAACUAAACUCAGCUGUGGCCCGAUUCCCUUUGAAUCAAUUCAGUCUUUGUAACGUAUGUAUGUGUGUAUUGUCUGAAUAUGCACAAAUUGCACUGUAGAGUCUUUACAGGGCUUUUUUUUUAAAGCUGUAUUGCCUGAAUCGUAAUUGAUGCAUUUUGCACCUUUUUUUUCACUGUUUCUCACAGGAGAAAUCUUUGGACUCCUUUGGUUGUGUGAGCUUGACCCAUUAAAGUGGUUGUCCUGAGACUAAAGGCUUUAGGUUGUGUGUGUUUGUGGUGUUCAACACAAUCGAGGAUUGCCACCCUUUGAGACUGCCUGUAAUCUAUUGCCUUACUGUUCAGCUGUUUGCUAGUGAGUGUAACUGCACUACGUUCACCACAUGUAUAUCAACAUGUGCUGUUGCUGGGGUCCCCCGAGUAUCGUAAACAUACAUACUAAUAAAAUAUCCAAAUAUUUGUACUGCAAAAUAUAUCUUGAUGUGAUGACACCUCUGUGAAGGUUUAGUUGAGAUGAGCAAAUAAAUGUUUACGGGAUUAAAAUGGAAAUAAAAAUCUACAUCCUCUAGAAUGCAGAAACUGAAUGUACAGCGGAAAUAUUUAUGUUUGUAAAAUAACUUAAAUAAAGUCAUUCUUCAUUAUGUUUAUUGAA